UUAAACAAAAAAAAUAUCACGUUGUCCAGGACAAAAUUCGUUCUUAAAGUGUCAAAAUUGUACUUUAAAAGGAACUGUGUUGAACUUUCCUAAUCAUUCGUUUUCUUCUUUUCCUAAGAGGAAAUCCUAAUUUUCUCCUAGUAAAGAAGGACAGUUUAAUUACAGAAACUGAGCAUCGUGUCGUUUAGUUUCGCGCCCAUAGAAAGGAAGGUGUACAAGGAAAUUUGGGAUUAAUUUGAUUUGUAUAGGUGUAAUCAAAAUGGAUUACAAUCCGCUGUCACAGUUUCACCAGCAGCUCGUGGCUUUCUUUAUCAAACCGAACGAAGAGGCAGCCGGUGAUGUGGUGCCUUCAUUGAAGAAAUGUGGCGAGAUUGUCCGGUACCACCGGGAGCGCCUCUCGCAGACCGGAGACAUAAGCUUAGCAGCCACCCCUCUUUACUGGCAGAAAUUCGCUGCGGAGCAGCAGGGAAAGCUGCGCCGCAACGCGGAUACACUGCUGGCCGACCAGGAGCAUUGCCGGGAGUUGAUUGCCGCGUCCCAGCAUUGGCAUUUGCCACUCUGUGAAGUGGGCCCGAUCGACAAAGGCCGCUAUGUCCUGCACUUCGACCGCCGUACGGUCAUCCGCUAUGUUCUGAAUGACAUUCUUGCCAAGGGAUUCGGCUACGGACGACCCCAAAAGACAGAGCAAUCGCCCACGAUUGGCCUGCAGGUGAAACCCUUUGCGGGUGCCACCGAUUGCGCCCUGCCAAUGCGCCAGUAUCGCCUGCAGCAGCUUCACAACAUCGUACGCCGGCUGAUCGAAUACUCAUCGUACCAGUAUGUGGAGGCCCGUAAGGAGGACACCCUCUGGAUGGCCAUCGAGCCAGAGAAAUGCAGCAAGCAGCGGCAAGAGGAGCAUGUUUGCCUCGUCAGCGGUCCGGUCUUGGAGCCCGUAAAGAAGACAGCCACCAAACUGACGAUUGGGGAAUAUUUGGGCUUGCGCUCCACUCACAUGCGACUGAGUGCCAUGCACCGCGAUGGAUAUCGACCGGAUGACAUGGGCAAGAUGGACGCCCUCAUGUAUCGCUUGGGGCAUGCUGCCGUGAUCGUGGAUCUCUUCGAGGUGCGCCACGGCACCGCCGCCACUGUGGUGCGAAAUGGACAGGGCAGCACCAAGGGGGCAUCCCACAUCCUAUACAACUCGGCGAGAGUGGAGACCCUAUUGCGCAACUUUGCUACUCUGGUGCAGGACAAAACCUACGACCCACUCCCGCCUUUGGAGGCCAUCGAUUGCAGCUUUCUGGAUGGUGAUAUCGACUGGGAGUUGAUAUAUGUUCACCUCUUGAAGUUCCCAGAGGUUUUGGAAACGGUGAUGGCCCAAGUUCGAAAGGGUCUGUGUGGCGUCCAUUUGCUUGUGCACUUCACCGACAAUCUGGCGAGCGCUUUCAGUCGCUACUAUCACGACAAAAAGGUGCUGCUCCAGAAUCGCCCCCACCUGAUGCCGAUUGUGUAUGCCAGGGUAUACCUCGUCAUGGCCAUGCGGCAGGUCCUUAAUUUAGCUUUAUCCCUGCUCGGCAUAGAACCGGUGGACUAUAUAUAGACGUUGAGAACCUUUAUCGGGAGGCUCAAUCAGAUAAUAUUUAUAUGUUGAGGACAAUAGAAUACUGUCUAAACAGUAAUAAAAGAACCAUGUGAUAUAAAGAAAUCAUAGAAAUAUGCUGGAUGCAGAAAUCCUCCGAGUCAUUUUACGUUUAAUGUAAUUGAAUUACGAAAUUCAAACGAUGAAAAAUAAAGACAAUUUUUUUUUAAA